UUGUAUACUAGGUCUCAAGAGGUAUAACAACAGCUAGCUGAACUCUUGCGCUUCGUCCUGAGUCUCUCGUGUCCCCACAAACAUCCUCUCGAAGGACAGAUCAUGCCGACAUUCAUCGCUGAGCGAGUCCCGUACGGUGCGCAUGUGAUCAUCCUGUUUACCUUUACUUUUGCUGCGCUGGUACUGGUGUGAGUGCGAUGUCGUGCCAGUCUUUCCUCGACUGACUCGCAUGAGCCCAGCAUCCUCGUCACGUUCUCAUCCCCGUUCAUCUCAUCUAUCAAUUUCUUGAGGCUGCCGAGUCCUGAUGGAGAUACGACAUUCGGUUCAUUUGGAUGGUGCAGUCCGACCUUUUGUCUCCCCGAUACAGUAGGCUAUGAGUGAGUUAUGAACGCUUUGCAUUUGCGCCGUGACUGAUGUCCCAGGUACGCGCCAGGAGUCAAUCGAGCUCUCACUGGCGCCAUGAUUCUCUGGGCCAUUGGUAUCAUCCCUGUCUUCUUUACCACCUUGGCUAUCCUUCCGCUCUUGUUUGUCCAUGAAUCUCGAGCCCUACGGUUCGUAGGCAAUCGAGUGUUUUUCAUUUUCUCAGCGAAUCUCGCUAUGAUCGUUGUGGUCACUGCUUGGCUCUUGUCAAUCUACGGAUGGAGUAUCGCCCAUCGGACGUUUGAGGUGGUCCCUUUGGAAGUCCAUUUGGGCUCAGCAAUCUGGAUGGGUUUGACAGCUGCUAUCUGCCUCAUUAUCGUAUAUCUUUGCAAUUGGCCCAAAGACGCUUGGGAUGGAUACGCCACGAAGGCAAGUGGUGGACGUGGUCGAGGACUGCCAACACCUGGGAAUGGGUAUUACCACUACAAGCGAUCGACGAGAGAGGUCGUGCCGAGAUAUUAGGACUGUUGUAGAGUAGGUCACAUGCUCACGAUGACUGGCUUCAUUGGAUGUACAUGCAUGUCACCGGGAUGAUACGAUUGACGAGGGGCGGUUGCUGUCAGCAGCUGUGUGCCAUUUCAGCUGGUCAGUGUUGAGCCCAAGUCUGAGCUCUCUUCAUCGAGCAUGUCUGUCGUCUUUGCA